GAGAGAGAGAGAGAGAGAGAGAGAGAGAGAGAGGAAUCCGAACACACACACGCCCCUAUCUUUAUAUCUGGUGAGGGAAAAUAUAUACCUGAGUUCCAAACCCAUAUGUGAGCCAGACCGAGGAAGAAGAUAAAAGGAACUACGCUCUCAUGAAAAGAGAUCUAACUCCAAACUGAGACCAGCAGCCGAGAGGAGCUAGGAAGAACAACUAAGGAAGAGAGAAGCAAAAGAAAAAAAUAUAUAUAUAGCAUAAGAUACAUACAGAGAACUAAAUCUGUUUGAGAGAGAUAAGGUAUAAAGAAAAAAAAGGGGAAAAGAGAGGAUAAUGGGGAGAGGACGAGUUGAGCUGAAGAGGAUCGAGAACAAGAUAAAUCGUCAGGUAACGUUUGCGAAGCGAAGGAAUGGACUUCUCAAGAAGGCGUACGAGCUUUCUGUUCUCUGUGAUGCUGAGGUCGCUCUCAUCAUCUUCUCUAACCGAGGAAAGCUGUAUGAAUUUUGUAGCAGUUCUAGCAUGCUCAAGACACUUGAACGGUAUCAAAAAUGCAGUUAUGGUACACUGGAAGCUAGCCAACCACCAAAGGAGACACAGAGCAGCUAUCAGGAGUAUUUGAGGCUAAAAGGAAAAGUUGAGGUCUUGCAGAGAUCCCAAAGAAACCUUCUUGGGGAAGAUUUAGGCCCACUAAAUACAAAGGAGCUUGAGCAGCUUGAGCAUCAACUUGACAUGUCCUUGAAACAAAUCAGAUCAACAAAGACCCAAUUGAUGUUGGAUCAACUUUCUGACCUUCAAAGAAAGGAGCAUAUGCUUCAAGAAGCAAACAGAAACUUGAGAAGGAAGCUCGAUGAAAGCAAUGCUGAAAACACCCUUCAACUAUGGGAAGCGGCUGGGGCAAACAUCCAAUACAACCGCCAUGGCCACCCACCCCAAUCAGAGGGAUUCUUCCAACCUCUAGAAUGCAAUUCAACUCUGCAAAUUGGAUACAAUCCUGGUGGGCCAGAUCACAUGACUGCUGCAGCAACUCCAGCCCAAAACGUCAAUGGGUUCAUUCCUGGAUGGAUGCUUUGAAAUUUCAAGUUAAUGAUCAUGAGGAAAAUCUAUAUUUGCUCAUGAAAACAAACACCUAUCGUAUUAUCCUGGUUUGUGCUAGUUGUAAUUAAAUCUCUUCUCAAAUUGGAGAUCAAUAAGAGUCUCUCUAUAUCCUAGAAUUUUUAUCUAGAUUGACUAUAAAGUACUAUAGAUUGGCAAUGUAAUAAUCCUAAUGAGAGUAUUUUAUUAUGUGCCGGCCGGUCGUGUGCCGCCGCUAAGAAGAAUAUAUUAUAUCUUUCCUACAA